UCCGAUUGUAUCUGUCAUGGCGAAGUGUUGUACGAUUAUGUGUACAAUAAAACAAAAAUAAUGGUUUAUAUACGAAAUAAAUCAACUAAAUGUGAUAAAAACUAUUGUGUACCGUCACAGAUAUUAUGAUCAAUGUGUAAUUAUUAUUAUAAAUAGUCAGUGAGUUUAAAAUGGACAAGAAAAAUGCAAUUCGGAGAGGGAAACGACCCUCCAAAGUGCUUGAAGAAAAUUAUUGGGAUUGUAGCGUGUGUACAUAUAGAAAUAACGCAGAAGCCUUUAAAUGUUCAAUGUGUGAUGUUAGAAAAGGUACCUCAACACGAAAGCCAAGGAUCAACCCGGCGCUGGUCGCCGCGCAGGCGGCGGGCACCGCGCCGACCAGCUCGCAGAAACGGCCCAGGUCCGCUAACUCGCUCAAGAAGAAACGUAGAGCGCCAAGACUUAACAACGUUGACAGGAGCUCCGCGCAGACCAGAGAGGUAACCGUAAGCGGUGUAACAGUAGUCAUAACUGAAUACAAGCCGAAGAAGUCAGUUUCCAGCAGCUCGAGUGACGUCGAAUCUUCCAAUGACGCACGACCGUGAUCUCUAACUUCCAUACAAAUUAUGCGCCCCUGGUACUUUGCAUUUUAUAAUGACGUUCUUAGUGAUUGCAUAAAUACAUGGAAAAAACUAAUUAAUAUUUAUUUUUAUAUGAAAUUGCGGUUAAAAUGUUCUUUUACCUAUCAAAAAAGGUUUUAAUACCUAUUUAGUGUAAAAAAGCUAUUAUAAAAUGUAUUGAUUUUUUUUUUAGAUCCUCCAAAACUCAAACAUUACUUAGCUUUAAAAGGUGUUGCGAAAUAGUUCUUUGAUCUUUCUCGUAUAUGUAUGUCACCGUUAAAUUGUAAACACCAUUAUGGGAUCCCGCCAGAUUGUAAUCUAUCGAAAAAAUGAUCCGUAACAUAGUACGGAGUUUACAAUACAAUCUAUAUUUUCGAUAAAAUAUAAUCUAUUGAUUUGAAACCAUUCAAUAUUAUGAGUUAGUUUAGGUUAAGUUCGGUUUAUAUAAAAACUACACCGUACACGUAGCAGAAAAAUAUUGCGUUAAACGC